AUGGGUGGACGCGUGAGCUUGCUUUUUAUUCUUUUCUUUUGUUCAUUUGUUCACACGCAAGAUAUAAAUUUAAUUAGACGGAAGAGAAUUGUUGGUGGUACCGCGGCCUUGCAACCCCCCGUGGACGAUCCGGUGGUUUUUGUGAAUAAAAACGGUCGAUACGCGCGCAUUAUCGGCAAACGCGAUCCGAAUAAAGGCUUUUAUACCUUUCGUGGAAUUAGAUUUGGACAGCCUCCGACAGGGCAAAAUAGAUUCCAGCGAGCCACACCUGUGUAUCUUGAGGGAGAAUAUAAUGCUACCACCUGGGGGCCGCCCUGUCCUCAGCCGAGCCGCAAUGGAUCGAAUAAAAUCGUCGGAAGUGAGGACUGUCUCUUCCUGAACGUUUUCACACCGUCGCUUCCGGAUUCUAGCGACGGCUAUCCUGUGCUGAUAUGGAUUCACGGGGGCGGUUUUCGACGAGGUGCGGCGUGCCAGUACGAGAUGAGAAACCUGAUUAAGAAGCAGAUGGUCGUCGUAUCCAUACAGUACAGACUGGGAUCGUUAGGAUUCUUGAGUACAGGUACGAAGGAAUUGCCGGGCAACAACGGUAUGUUUGACAUGAUACUGGCCGUCGACUGGGUGAAGGAUUACAUACGCUUCUUCGGCGGUAACCCGAACAAAACAGUGGCCUUCGGUCACGGCACAGGCGCCAGUUCCGCUACGAUGCUGUCGUUAUCCAAAUUCUGCAAAAAUAGUUUCAGUGGUUUGAUCGCGAUGUCGGGCUCGAUUUUGUCUCACUUCGCGGUCGACCGGGAUCCUACUGCCACCGCGAGGAGCAUAGCGCAUGACAACGGCUGUCCGACAAACAACAUCCGAGAAAUGGUGAGCUGCCUCCGGGAAUUGCCGGUGGAGAAGCUAAUCGAAACGGAUUCCAAGUUGGAGAACGUCCGAAUGACGGCCCGAGGCUUCAUCUCCGGAUUAUCUAAUCUGCUCGGAGCCGGUCCUGUUUUAGAUGGCGCGGACGACAAAAGGUCGCUUCCCAACUUUAUGAUUCAAUCGCCGGAAGAUGCGUUUAGGCUCGACAAUUUUCCAACUAUACCUCUGUUGACCGGAGUUAUGAAAGACGAGACCGGAGGCGCUAUUUCCGGUGGAUACAAAAACGAAGUGCAGGACAAAUUGAACACGGUCCCGAAUUAUUUGACCAGCGAUUUCGUACCGCGUUUACAAGACACCAUACCGAACAUGCAAGGUGGAUCGCGAUUAGUUCCGCAAGCCUUCAACGGCUACCUUAAUAUCUUCGGGAACGAUGGCGCUCAAAAUACGAUCGGAAAAGUCGCGGAAGCUCUCGGCGACUCGCUCUACAACGUCCCGGCAUUUUUGACAGUCGACCGCUGGUCGAAGAAGGCGAACGCGUUUUUGUACACUUUCGAUCACAAGGGAAAGAGAAAUUAUGGGAAGAACUUUCUCGCUGGAUUGCCGAUUGUCGACGCUUGUAGACAAGCACAGGAUGGUAACUUGAAUCACGGAGACGAUUUGGCAUAUAUCUUUGGUCAAAAUACUAUAACCGGCGAAGAAAUAAGUGAAAACGAAGAACCGGAUGAGGCUGACGAGCGUGUGACUGAGAUUUUCACGGAUAUGAUAGCAAAUUUCGCGAGAAGCGGCACGCUUAAUGUACCUACUGCGUCCAGUAAAAGCUCCUGGUUUCCGGACGUCAUUCCGACGUUUUCAAACGGCACAAACCCUUUCGUCAGUAUCACAACAUUUCCGAAAACCAUGAGCAAUUUUCGGUACUGCGAAAUGGGCCUGUGGACUGUCGUGCCUGAACGACUGCAAUCACCCGCGUGUAGUCUGUACAAAGUGCCUCUCCAAUUAAUACAACAAGGCAGCAAGGAAGCAAUAUCGGUAGUUCAGAAACCGAUCGAUACACUCGGCGGACUUGUUCCCGGUCUUAAGCCUGGCCUCAAUGUCGUCGACAAACCGACGAAUCAAAAUACCGAAGGGAAUAAUAACAGAAAAAAUACGAUACAAAAAACACACGACGAGCUAUCAUCGAAAGUGCCUUUACCGCGAAUACCAUUUCUCGGCUGAAUAACUUCACUUAUCACGAUGCAUUAUUUACGAUAUAUUAUUUAUAUUAUAUUAUGAUUACGAUAUAUUAUUCGUCAAAAGCGUGUCUGACGUAAUAUGCAUAUCAGCAGUUGGGAAAAUUAUUUUUGAAAAGUAACUC